AUGGAACCUGACUAUCUUAUCACUGCUGCGCAUCUUGUCGGGUUAGUUCUUGGAGACCAAACUCUUGAGGUACGCUUGAGCGCGAUCAAUGAUAUCAGAGCAGUUGAAGAUCACUUUCCCAGUUAUUAUGGUCCUGCGGAUCUUACCAAAAUGCUGAUAAAAAUGGAGCGCUAUCAAAAGGCACCUAAAUCGAUCAGAAACAAAAAACUUGUCGUCCUGGGGGAAUCUUAUGGCCCAGUCUUCGAGGAGUAUAUGAUAUCCCUCCCACACCACUUCAAGCACAGCGCUCUGAGGCAGAUAUGUGCUAUAAUACAUAGGAUUUGCUCGGUUCAUGAAUAUCACCGCAUAGAGCAAUAUAUAAUAAUUACAAAUUUACUAGGAAUUUUAUAA